AUGGUCUCCCUGCGCUGCUUCGCUCCCGGGCGUUUUGUCCAGUUAAGGAGCUUGGUCAGAUAUUCCACCAUUCCCAGUCUGAAGUUCCACACCACAGCCUCUCCUAUGAUGAGUGUGACCGUGGAGCAGUUUGAGCAGGCGAAGAGCAAACUGUCGACGCUGAGGAAAGACCCAGGCAACGAGGUCAAACUGCAAAUCUACGCUCUCUUCAAACAGGCCACUCAGGGCGCCUGCAACACGCCAAAACCAGGCAUGCUGGACUUUGUCAACAAAGCCAAAUGGGACGCAUGGAAAUCCCUGGGCUCCAUAUCACAGGAGGAAGCCAGGCUGCGAUACUGCGACCUGAUUGGUUCCCUGGUGGAGGCAGAAGGUCUGCACUCUGCCCAGGUGGCUGCAAAGCCUGCUGGGAGCGGGACGACGUACAAGACGCUAUUGGUCACCACGGAGGAUGACAUCACCACCAUAAAACUGAACCGACCGGCCAAAAAAAACGCCAUCACGACUGAGAUGUACAGUGAGGUUGUUGCAGCUCUGGAGCAGGCUGCUAAAGACGAUUCAGUCAUCACAGUUUUUACUGGUGCUGGCGACUUCUACUGCAGUGGUAACGACCUGACCAACUUCCAGCUCCAGGACGGAGGGGUGGAGGAGAUGGCCAGACGUGGUGGAGAUCUGCUCAGGAAGUAUGUGAAGGCCUACAUUGACUUUCCGAAGCCGCUGGUUGCCGUGGUGAACGGACCGGCCGUAGGAAUCUCAGUCACUUUGUUGGGACUCUUUGACCUGGUCUACGCUACAGACAAGGCCACGUUCCACACUCCGUUCAGUCAGCUGGGGCAGAGCGCCGAAGGCUGCUCCUCCUACACCUUCCCCAAAAUUAUGGGCGCCGCCAAGGCCAGCGAGAUGCUGUUGUUCAAUAAGAAGCUGACGGCGGGUCAGGCCUGUCAAGUCGGCCUGGUCAGCGAGGUUUUCCCCGACAGCAGCUUCCAGUCGGAGGUCUGGACCAGGCUGAGGGCCUACGCCAAGCUGCCCCGCAACUCUUUGGCUUUCUCCAAGCAGCUGAUCCGGUCCAUGGAGAAGGAGCGUCUCUACGCGGUGAACGAUGCCGAGGUGGAGUGUCUUGUAGAGCGCUGGAUGUCGGAUGAGUGUUUCAACGCCGUCAUGAGCUUCUUCCAGGCCAAGGCCAAGCUCUGAGGGAGGGAGAGAGGGGUGUGUGUGUGUGUGUGUGUGUGUGUGUGUGUGUGUGUGUGUGUGUGUGUGUGUGUGUGUGUGUGUGUGUGUGUGUGAGAGAGAGAGACACACGAACAGAGAGGGAACAGCUGAGGAUAAAUCAUCAUGUUUAAAUCUGGUCAGUCCUCCGAUUGAGGCGAUGGAGGAUCAGGACUGCAGAUCAGGGCGCUGCUUUCCCACACACUGAAUUAAUUUAACGCCAACAUAGUUUUUGUCAUAGAUUUUAUUGGGAGAAGCUGUCAUACAAACAGAUUCAUGCUCGAAUGGUACCUGCAAGUAGUUUAAGAAAACUCUUGGAGCGCAUUGACUCUCUGCUUUCCUCUAUUAGGUUCAUGUAUUGUGCAGAAAACCCCGCAGCUGUUUGAAAAUCACACCCAGUGCUAACAUGGGACCUGCUAAAGCGGACAGCAGCUCCUCAUUUUCAGCCACGCUGACCAUCUCUUUGACCGGAUAAAAUGUCAGCAGGUGUUAACGGAUCAGCUGCAGGGUUCUGUCGGGAGAGAGUUGAUGAGAGGCCAAAGGGAAACGUGUCUGUUGGUUCCUCAGUUCUCCGUCAGAGCCACACGGUGACCCGAGGAACCAGUUAUAAAGCUGCCUUCGGUGCCGUUUGUAUUGUGAUUAGGUGAAGGAAACAUUCAGGAUUCAGUCUGUUUUGACCUCAGUAGUUGCUAAAAGUGCCUUCAACACUCUGCAACAUCUCAACAGGCAACGCUGCUCCUCAUCCUUCACAUUGAACUCUCGUCUUUGUCUUUUCACUUUGUCUGUUUAAUAAAAGCAGAAUGUGAUUAUUGAA